AUGGGAUCCCAUCUUCCAGUCACGGAACAUGAUGUCACGGUCACCUCUUUUGAGAUCGUCGACCUGCGAUUUCCUACAAGCUUGGACGGCGUCGGCUCGGAUGCCAUGCAUGUUGGCACCAACGGCUCGCAUCCUUACAUUCGGCUGAAGACAAAUCAGAAAGAUCUGGUGGGCGAGGGUAUUGCAUUCAGUAAUGGCCGAGGCAGCGAGCUGAUUUGUAUGGCGCUGGAAAUCUUCGCAAAACGAGUCGUUGGAAAGACGAUGCAUGUGCUUACUCGCGAUAUGGGGAAGACAUGGAGAUACAUGGUCUCCGACUCGCAGUACCGCUGGAUUGGUCCGGAGAAGAGCGUCACCCAUUUAGCAGUAGCUGGGGUAUUGAAUGCGGUCUGGGACCUUUGGGGCAAAAUCCUCGGCAAGCCUGUUUGGAAAAUUGUGUGUGACAUGAGUCCCGAGGAGGUCGUUAGAUGUAUUGACUUUCGGUACAUCACCGAUGUUAUCACGCCAGAGGAAAGUAUUGCGAUGCUCAACAAAACGCAGAAGGGCAAAGUGGCUCGCCUUCAGGAAGCCCUUGAAAACCGAGCGGUCCCUGCCUAUACUACCUCUCCUGGCUGGCUGGCUUUCUCUGGAGACCGGAUGAAAGAGGUCCUCCGAGACACCGUCGCUGCCGGAUACGACACAUUCAAGUUCAAAGUUGGAACAAACAUCGAAGUCGACCGGGAAAGGCUGUCUGCGGUCCGAGAGAUCCUCGGGUAUGAUCAGGGAUAUAAGAUCAUGCUCGAUGCAAACCAGGUCUGGAGUGUGCCUGAGGCAAUCGAAUACAUGAAGCACCUGGUUGAAUUCGAGCCAGUUUUCAUCGAGGAACCCACCAAUCCUGACGAUGUUUUGGGGCAUGCAGCGAUCCGCAAAGCACUGAAGCCGUAUGGCGUCGGCGUUGCGACUGGCGAGGCGGCGCAGAACCGGGUCACCUUCAAACAACUGCUGCAAGCGGAAGCGACUGACGUUUGUCAAAUUGAUGCAGUCCGACUUGGCAGUGUCAACGAGUGUCUUGCUGUUAUGCUCAUGGCGCUUAAAUUCGAUGUUCCCUGUGUGCCCCAUAAUGGUGCCAUGGGUCUAACGGAACUGACCUCACACCUGAGCACGAUCGACUACGUCGCCAUUAGUGGGCGGAGGUCGAUGCUCGAAAAUGCCGACAGUCAUCGGGAAAAUCUCCGUCAUCCUUCGAAGGUUGAGAACGCACACUAUGUCACCCCACUUGCCCCAGGCUACUCAACAGGCUAUACCGACUUGGCGUUGGAGAAGUAUACUUAUCCGACGGGAAGCUUCUGGGAGAGCGAUGUCGGGCUGGAGAUAAUUGCUCAGCCCACUGGUGGAGAGUUAUAG